AUGUUAAGUUUACCCAAUCUUAACAUUGAAGUUCAUUUUUUCUUUAUCCGAUCGCCACGUAGAAACCGCUAUACUGCAAACGAUCCCAACCUCACGCCGAACAACCCUCCUCGACCCCUUCCACCUUUCGCUCCGAGAUCUCGGUUCAUCGAAGACGAUUAUUUUUCCACAUCCGAUGAAGAAAUCGAAGCAUUACUCGAAAAUGGGGAACUGCAGGCUUACUUAUACUACCAAGAUGGUUCUCCUACGCCCUAUCAUCCGUUAAAUAUAAUCCAAACCAAGAAGGCGAAAUCCAAGAAACGAGAUAAAAGGCUGCCAAACGGUGAUCGAGAGCAUGGUGAUACAAAAAAUAAGAGUGCGUUUAAUUUUGUGUUUGAUCCAGGCUGCUUAAACGAUACAAAGGACUUGUGGAGCGUGGGCGAAAAGAAUGGAAUUAAGAAUGGAAUCAAGAAGAGUGAGAAAAGUCAUGUUGAAAAAAUAGAUACUAAGAAGAGCGAAUGUAAAAGCACGAGUUAA